AUGUCUUACACCACACGCAAGGUUGGCUCUGCCAACACCCUCGAGCACCGCGUCUUCAUCGAGAAGGACGGCCAGCUCGUCUCGCCAUGGCACGACAUCCCGCUCUACGCCAACGAGCAGCAGACGAUCCUCAACAUGGUUGUUGAGGUGCCCCGCUGGACCAACGCGAAGAUGGAGAUCUCCAAGGAGGAACAGCUCAACCCCAUCAAGCAGGACACCAAGAAGGGCAAGCUACGCUUCGUGAGGAACUGCUUCCCCCACAAGGGCUACCUCUGGAACUACGGUGCCUUCCCUCAGACUUGGGAGGACCCCAAUGUUGUUCACCAGGAGACCAAGGCCAAGGGUGACAACGACCCGUUGGACGUCUGCGAGAUUGGUGAGCUCGUCGCUAAGCCUGGUGAGGUCAUCCAGGUCAAGGUUCUCGGUGUCAUGGCUCUGCUCGACGAGGGCGAGACCGACUGGAAGAUCAUGGUUAUCAACGUGAACGACCCAUUGGCGCCCAAGCUCAACGACGUCGAGGACGUCGAGCGCCACCUGCCCGGUCUCCUCCGUGCCACAAACGAGUGGUUCCGUAUCUACAAGAUCCCAGACGGCAAGCCUGAGAACCAGUUCGCCUUCUCCGGCGAGUGCAAGAACAAGAAGUACGCCAUGGACAUUGUCCGCGAGUGUGCUGAGGCCUGGGAGAAGCUUGCCACUGGCAAGACCCCCAAGGACGAGAUCAGCCUCACCAACACCACCGUCUCACACUCUCCUGACCGCACCGACGCUAGCUCGCUCAACAUUCCCCAGGGCGAGAACAAGGCGCCCGCUCCCAUCGACCCCAGCAUCGACAAGUGGUUCUACAUCUCCGGUGCCCCGUCCAACUAG